CUAGAAACCAAACCAUCCAUUGUGGCCUCUACGGUAUAAGCCACCCUAUCUGGCGCUCUACUCUGAAGAAGGAUCCUUCAUUUCCAGGGAGUAAAUACAGCCUCCGUUAGUGCACAUACAAUAGCCGCGGACAAAGAAAAUCGCAUCUACGCCAGGGAGAUCACACAAUGCCUCAGGAUCCGAAUCUCUACGGCCAAAGGCCGCAAAAGCGAACAAAACGAGAGGCGUUAUCGUCAUCAUUAGAUUUUACUGCCCAGCUCACAUCACUUAUAUCAAAUGCCACCCCUCAAGGAUCAACAUCAACGGGGCCUGGACGCGCAAGGCCGAAACAGUCAAAGGACGACAUCUUCCGUGGUUCCAGCAAAUCAAAAAAGACAACAUCCAGCAGCAAAGAGGGAGAUGCCAAAUCAGAAAAGCUGGUACUUAAAGAAGUGGCUGGGACAGAGGAGGAGGCUCAGGAACUCGAGCGCGCAAAGCGAAAGAUGGAGAGCAAGGCACGGCUCUAUGCCGCCAUGAAGCGCGGAGACUACGUGCCCAAGGAGAACGAGGCGGCGCCGCUGGUGGACUUUGACCGCAAGUGGGCUGAAACAGUGGAAGGCCACGACGACUACGAGACCAGCUCAGAUGAGGAGGAUGCAAAUGGCAGCGGCGGCGACGAGAUGGUGGAGUAUGAGGACGAGUUUGGUCGUACACGGCGAGGCACGCGAGCCGACAAGGAAAAGAUGGAACGUCGCAUACGGCGAGGGCUGCUGGGCGCCGAGGAACUGGAGCGCAUGUCAGCCCGGCCUAGUGCUCCCAGCAACCUCAUCUACGGCGACGCGAUUCAAGCAAUGGCGUUUGCGCCGGAUGAUCCGGACAAGAUGGCGGAGCUGGCAAGCAGGCGGGAUAGGAGCGCUACGCCGCCCGAGAUGAAGCACUACGAUGCCGACAACGAGAUCCGCACAAAGGGCGUUGGCUUUUUCAAGUUCAGCAAGGGCGAGGAGACGCGGACGAAGGAGAUGCAGUCGCUGGAGGAGGAGAGGCUCAAGACCGAGGAGCAGCGUAAGCAGCGCGAGGAACAGCGGGCUGCACGACGGCGCGAAAUCGAACAGCGCCGUAAGGAUAUGGGGGAGAGGCGGGCGAAGCGGCAGGCCGACAGCUUCCUGGACGGGCUGUAAGAGACGGGAGGAAGUCGGUCCUACGUGACCAAGGACAGAGGACACCUGGUUUCAAUGGUAGCAGUGCUAUGCAGUACUAGUAGUAGGACUAACACCUGGUUGCAUCUGAUCCGGGGCACUUGUUAUUACAAGUCGAAGCGUGCUCUGUAUUGUGAUUUGAUUGAGCGGCGCCACACAUGGACUUGGUGUGCCCAAAAGGCCAACCGCUUGCCCAGCGCCAGCCCAGGCACCGCCAACCAGAAACUCGUAGCCCGAGACGAUAGUGUUGAAAGCAGCGCGCCAUCGCUUCAGCCACACGGGUCAGACUCCAUCGCGGGCUGGUAGCGGCAAGGAGGCUUUUUUUCUCUUCCAUC